AUGCGUCUGCUAUUCUGGUUUUUGCUCGCGGCUUCAAUCAGUCGUCUGACGUGUGCGAAACCAGUGGCUUCUACGACUACCAGCUCCAAUGCAGCAUCUGCUACUCACGCUAACAAGGCAAACUUCGAGCUCCCGAGGAGCCUACGUGGAGUUGCGGUCAUCUCGAAUGGCAAACAUCCCGUUCCAACCAAAAUCGACGAAGAACGCAUGGCUCCGCUUACAACCGUUACAAGGUGUGCGAUACGGAUAUUCACGAGCAUCAUUCGACAUUUGAGUGAAAGUCAAUCCUUUCGACAUCGUUUCACGACAGCCAUGACGAUUCAGUCCAUGUAA